CAACGGGCGAUACACUGAUGCAUUUUGGGACGAAGAAGGGUCGUUGUGGUGUUGUGUAAAGUCCUUGGACGUGAGAUGAAUUUUCUUGCUCGCAAUUUGUCAGACAACAUUUUUAAAAACUUCUAGUGGUUAUUUACACUGUUAACAAGCUACACUGAGGCCGUGUGUGUGCAGAACGGGGAAAUGGGAGCUGAUAAAAGGAUUAGUCGCACAGAACGUAGCGGUAGGUAUGGCUCUGACCAGUCCCGAGACGAAUCAGAAUGGCGUGACAGACGGGAGCGGGACCAAGAGCGUGACCACAACAUGCGUCGCUGGAACGAUGACAGGCGUAGUGAGCGUUUUGAAGAUCGUCGAGGAUCAAGAGACAGUCCAGAGCAAAGAGAAAGAAAACGACGCAACAGUGAUAGAUCAGAAGAUGGUUAUCACUCUGAUGGCGACUACCCAGAGCAGGACUACAGAAGGGAGCCUGGGGAGGAGAAGAAGAGCAAGACCAUAAUGCUCUGGGGUCUGUCUCCUCAUGUCACUGAGGAUGAUAUUCGUUUUGCCAUAGACCAACUAGAGGGACCGCAGCCAGUGGAUGUGAGGCUGAUGAAAAAGAAAACAGGUAUAAGCCGUGGUUUCGCCUUCGUGGACUUUUAUCACUUGCAAGAUGCUACCCGAUGGAUGGAGACCAAUCAGAAACGUCUGACCAUCCAAGGCAAAACUGUGGACAUGCACUACAGUCACCCCAGAAACAAGUAUGAAGACUGGCUCUGCAACACUUGUGGCCUGUACAAUUUCCGGAGGAGGCUGAAGUGCUUCAGGUGUGGAGCAGCCAAAGCUGAAAGUGAAACCGGCAAUAAUAGUGGAGUUUCUGAAACCCAACCCAGUGGAGAUUUCUAUGGGGACACAAUCAUCCUGAGAAAUAUUGCUCCUCUGACCACCGUGGAAGCCAUCAUGACAGCCCUAGCACCAUAUGCCAAUCUUUCAUCAAACAACAUCCGCCUCAUCAAGGACAAGCAGACAGGCCAAAACAGAGGUUUUGCCUUUGUACAGCUGUCCUCUCCUCUGGAGGCCUCUCAGCUGCUUACCAUCUUACAGGGCCUGCAGCCUCCUCUGAAACUGGAUGGGAAAACAAUAGGGGUGGAUUAUGCUAAGAGUGCUAGAAAGGACCUUUUACUACCUGACGGGAAUCGUGUUAGUGCCUUCUCUGUGGCCAGCACAGCCAUUGCUGCAGCCCAGUGGUCUUCCAGUCAGCCACAGCAGAGUUCAGAGGGAAUGUCUGAGUACAGCUAUCUGCAAGAGGGCUACACUCCAAUGGCACAGGACUACCAGACAUACUAUCAGCAAGGAGCAGGAGCCAGCACCUCACAGGGAAAUGGGAUAUUAGGAGCUGCCCCGGGUGUGAAGAUUGUUCCAACUGCAGCCGGAGUAGUUAUUUCACAGACUGCACAAGUCUAUCAGCCACAUAUAAUUGUGCAGCCUGCUGUCCAGGCUUUGCCACUUGCCCAGCAUCUGGACUUGAAACCCCAGACUGGACAUCUCUCAGGCAUUGAAGCUGCGUCAGUGCCUGCUGCUCCUGUACCCACUGCUACUGCUGCCAGUACAUUAAUAGCUUCAGGACAGACAACUGACAUCAGCACUGGUGUUCCUGACACAUCCACCUAUCAGUAUGAUGAGUCCUCUGGCUACUAUUAUGAUCCUCAAACUGGCCUCUACUAUGACCCAAACUCUCAUUAUUACUACAACUCUCAGACCCAGCAGUAUCUGUACUGGGACAGUGAGAAGCAGGCAUACGUACCUGCCUCAACCGAAGCAAAUGCUGGACAAAAUGAUAACACAGCAUCAAAAGAACCUAAAGAGAAAAAGGAAAAGCCCAAAAGCAAGACUGCUCAGCAGAUUGCGAAAGAUAUGGAGCGGUGGGCCAAAACUCUCAACAAGCAGAAAGAGAACUUCAAGAGUAGCUUCCAGCCUAUUAGUCAAGAAGAGAGGAAGGAGGCAGCAGCUGCAGAUGCAGGCUUCAUACUGUUUGAAAAGAAGCAGUCAGGAGGUCUAGAAAGACUCAUGCCAGAGAUGCCAAGGGCCGCUGAGGAAGAGCCACCAACCACCUCAGUCAACUCUUCCAAAUGUGGCCUUGUAGCAGCUUACAGUGGGGACAGUGACCCUGAGGAGGGUGGAGCAGAGCCGGUUUGUGGUGAAGGAGACCUGACAGACUGGUCAAAGUUGGCCUGCUUGCUGUGUAGGAGACAGUUUCCCAACAAAGAGGGUCUGGUUCGACACCAACAACUCUCUGACCUCCACAAGAAAAACUUGGAGGUUCUCCGCAGAUCCAAAAUGACCGAAGCAGAGUUGGAAGAGUUGGAGAGAAAAGAGACUGAGAUGAAAUAUAGAGACAGGGCAGCUGAGAGGAGAGAAAAAUAUGGCAUCCCUGAACCCCCAGCACCCAAAAAGAAGAAAUUUAGCCAACCAGCACCAGUCAUUAACUAUGAACAGCCGACUAAAGAUGGCCUUAAUAGUGACAAUAUUGGGAACAAAAUGCUGCAGGCCAUGGGGUGGAAGGAGGGUAAAGGUCUCGGUCGCAACCAGCAGGGCAUCACUACACCAAUUGAGGCGCAGUUGAGAACAAAAGGAGCUGGACUUGGCACUAAAGGAAGCAACUACACCCUCUCUGCCUCGGACACGUACAAAGACGCAGUCCGCAAAGCCAUGUUUGCUCGCUUCACUGAGUUGGAGUGAGUCAUUAGUCUCGAGCUCAAAUGACAAAUGAAUUGACAAAAGAGCAGAGGAGAAGUCCUCCUUUAAUGAUUUUAGUCCAUGUAUGUAUGAUACAUGAUGAUUUGCCUCUUGCCAUAAUGGUCAAACCUGACUAUGUAAACAUCUGUAAUGGAGGUGUGUUAAGAUAGUUAAUAUUAUUUAUAAAUUGUACAUAGACACAGUAAAUUUACUUCCCUUGUUUACACAUUGCUUCUGUGUUAUUGCCUUUUUCUGUCUCAGCAUGUGAAAAAGAUUGUACAGUUUAUACAAAAAUCUUGUCUGUUUGUACAGAAAAUAAAUGACUUAUGUGAUUUA